AUUGUAUUGUAUGGUUGUCAAGACCACCAUGAUUGUAAGGUUGUCACCCGAAGUCACGUUUUGCACAAUGCAUCAGACAGAUGGAUGGCGGUAGAGAUACUCGUAAAGGGCGACGACUGGAAGACGAACGGCAACAGGCGGGAGUUAGUGAUAUUCGGCCGGUGAAGGUUCUUUAUUCCAAGGAGGAUGUGCGUGGCACGACCGAGAUCAGUCCCAGGCAGCCUCCGUCUACGUCCAUGGGACCCAGGCCGGCGAUGAUGCAACAAGAACCAUCCAUGCCGUACAGCAGAUCGCUUCCUCGGCAUGACCCCCAGUCAGACUUUUGGACUCAAAACCUUAAACCAGCACCCGAUAUAAGAGCGGAACAGCUGCAGGCGGAGUUUUUAUCCCCAAGCCGUUCAGAUCUACUUCAAGGUCAGACUGUGACACCCUAUCAGAGACGUGGGUACCCGAUAGACGUGGCAGCAAGUCAACCAGGCUACGAAUAUCAGGAUUAUAACAGGCAGGCCCCACAAAUAUAUGGUCAAAUGCGUCAGCCAGUGAGAUCUAACUAUCAAACAUAUCAAGGACCAAAUCUUCAGUUCGCACCAGCAUAUCAACAAUAUGAUCACCCUUAUUAUGCAGUUCAUCGUUAUGAGAACGAAUUCAUGAACCCUCCUCUGUGGAAUGGUCCUCCCGCUGCUAACCCUCCCGUCUUCCCGCGGGAUACCCCGCCGCCAUUGUAUAAUACCAGCCACGACUACUUCCACUCAGGAAGGUCCACUCUUCCCCGCAGAAUGCAGCAAAGUGGGGCAUUCGCUGGUUAUACCACACCCCCAACUUACAAUAUGCACACCGCGCAAAGUAACAUGCCUCUUUAUCAAGACCAGGGUUAUAGUCCUCAAAACUACAUGGUAAAUCAGUCUGGUCGAACCUCCCAAGAAAGCCUCUCUGGCCCCACGACAAAGAGUACAGAUUCUUCGAGCGGGUCAGCCAACACGCUUCAUCUAUACGACAUCUCAGAACUCCCGCCUAAGAUGAGGGGUGAGGCAGGGAAUGUAUCUUCAGUAUUCCCGAAAACAGCUUCAGGACAGGUAGCCAGCGGGGCUGAUAAUGGACAUCACCAACCAGUAGUUGUCGCUUCCACCAGGAAGGAUCUCAGUAAGGCGCUGGAUGAAUUUCGACAACAGUCAGUGCAAAACCAAGACCUCCAUGGCCCUGAAAAACAACACCAGUCUGUUGAAGCAGUAGUGAAGACCGGGCAGGAAGUGCCAUCCGAGGGUUCUGACGACUUGGAUCGUGCUGCCUUACUUUUGCAGGAGGCGAUCAUGGACGCUGGCAUCGAUGAGAUAGAUGGAGUGUUCAUCAAAAGAAACAGUCAUCUGGUUCCUCAAGACAAUGAUCAGGACGGUGAAGCCACACAAGCUAUGGAUAAUCACGUCAGUGAAGAGGAUGUGCGUGUUGACAAGGGGGAUGCAAUCCAGCUGGAGGCACAUGAAGUUAAUUUGUCAACUCGAGGUUCAGUUGAUCCAUUGUCCAACUGCUAUCAACACGAAUCUAAUGAUGGCAUCGGUUCUGGUGCUAAUGGGACGGAUGUCAAGAGUAUUUCAGUAUCUGCCGUAUUGACAAAGAACACCUUGAGCGAACCUUCAGAAAGCAGUUGCGAUGGCGCACAAAGCUUUAUGUCCUGCACAGAACAAGAUAACAUCAUAAAGAGCCUGAUCCAUUGCUGUACAGACUUCGACCAGAGUACCGAAACUAAACAGAGUGAUGCAGACAACGUGUGUCGUCAACCUCCUUCAGUGGAACAUACCUUGGAUCAAGAAAUUGCCGAGUUCAUGGGGAACUCUACGUGUCAGAUGUACACUGAAGGACAGGCUGGUACCUCUGCAGGAGGGACCGUUGUGGUUACAGGAUGGUCUGAGGGCAAGACGACCAGGUUGACGACGUUUAUUGACGGUGAAAGCCAGGACCCAAGGCAGACAUUUGGUUCGAUGGGAAGUGAGGUUCUGCAUCCCUCCUCCACGUUUGAGGAUGGUGGGGGAGCAUUGUGGUAUCCGUACUGUGAGACAGAUGCAGGAUGUCUGGAUUAUCUGAACAACAACAUGUUGCCUUUUGGGCCUCACACCGCACAGUUUGUUCCUGGUCCAGACGCGACGUUCUCAGCCAUGGAUUGGAGAAGAUCUUUCUGUGGCAGGAACCCAACACAAGGCAUUGCUCCUUCAGUGAGACCGGGUGUGAAUGAUUACAGUGUGUACUCCAUGUCUCAGUCAAGGCAAGCUGUGGAUAUGCCAUUCUUUGAAAACUGGGACUUGUGGAGUCCUGAUGCAAGAACUGUGGGUAGACAGGUGGGCGGUUCUGGGCACGUAACAGUUACACAGGCCGCCAACCAAUAUACAAACAUGGCGGACAUUAUGCCUUGUCCCACCACGGAGGUGAGACAAGCCCAAGGUUUUCCUGGCAUAAGUUUUGCUGAUUUUAUGUCCGAGUCGACACAGGAUGUUACUGCUACAGUGAUCAGUUCCGACCCAACUCAGUCAGAAACGAACUUAGCCUAUAUGUGGCAGCUAGCAGCUGAAGGUUUCGAGACGCCAUCCAAUAGCUGCAAGGAAGUGAAAGGGGAGACAAUCCAUGAUUCUAGCGAUUGUGGUGGCAGUGAAGCACUUGUCAAUGGUGAUGCAUUCAGUGGACAAACUGUCAGUACUGGUCGUGAUAGUCAUGAGACACGUGAUGAACUCACAACGGACCAAUCAGGGCCGAGUAGUGGCACACCUUCUGAAGAUGUCAGCGUCCGAGUGGAUGAUUCGUCAACACCAUCGUCCAACUUGAACUGUGAAGCCAGCAGUACAUGUAGUCCUGACGAAGCUGGUCGAUGUGUGGAGUCCAACGUGAGUCGGGUACCACUGUGUCCUGAUAGCAAGCCAGUCCCAGGCUCCAUGUCACCACCGGUCUACACAAGACAAACAGAGGGGGGAAGCUCUGGACCAACUGAACACCUACCUGGCGUCUCUCUUGGAGGGAGGAGGUUCCAGGACUGAGCCACAAUAACGUGGGAAUAAGAUGUGUAUAAUGAGCUCGCUACAGGCAGAUAUGCACAGAUUUCUAAGUACUUCUCCCUUUGGGCAGAAUAUUACAUCACAUUAAUCUGUUUGAAUACCGUUUUAAUGCGAAUCCGCCUUUAAAUUAAACAAUCGAUAUUGUAUUAUGCAUUCAAGUUCACUUGGCUAAAUCACACGUGCACUCAUCGUUCUUAAAAUCUCAGG